AUGGGACGUGAGGAGCAAGGAAGGACUUGGUGCAUGGACGCAGCUCAACUGGAUACGCAAAGGAAGAAGGAGGAAGCCAUCUUGAAGACCAGCUCGACCACCUACUCGACCGGCCAAGUUCAACUCGAUCGAGCUGAGAAGCUACAUGACCACUACCUGGCUUGUAAGUCCUUAGGCGACUCCCCACACGAAAGUGAUGGCAUUCGCUGGAAAAGAUCCACUAAGAGCUUCAAUAUCUCUUGCUCUAGACAUAGAGGUCUAAGGGGUCGAGUAGGUGGUCGAGCUGGUCUUCAAGAUGACUUCCUCCUUCUUCCUUUGCGAAGCUUAGGCUUGAGCAAGCUCUUCAAGCUAGAGUGCAGUGAGUACUCACAACUCACCAAGGAGUUCCUCUCCACAGUAGCUCUUGCCUUUCCCAACCACAAUGGAGACCAACCAGCUGCACAUGACUUCAAGGAGAACUCAAAGAGGAAACAAGCUGCCUUUGCUGAUUGGACACACUUUGCCAAUGAACCAUUCUUGCCUUCAAGGUCAAAGGUGUCUAGAAUCACUCAUCCAGCCAUUCGCUAUGUGCACCGCCUCAUCUCCACCACUUUCCAAUGCAAACAAGAAGCCAACAAGACAUUCAUCAAUGUGAGGAAGCUAGCUCAAGACUUGGAAGGCAACAAGAAGCUUUGUGUUCGUUUUGGGAGGCUUAUCACGGCCAUAGUACUGCAUGUGGGGAUUGACAUUCCCAACUAUGAGCCACUACCCAAGCCAACCCCUUUGGAUCUCCAUGCUCUUCAGCACAUCCACUUCCUAAACCGUUGGACUAAAGACCCAACUCGGUUUUGCUAUGAGUUUCCAAUUGGUCCAGCCAACACUUCCCUUGUCUUGCUGCCACAUGAGGACAUCCCAAGCCUACGCUCUGGUGUUGUCAGUUUCCAACUGAUCGGCGGAUCAGGUCCCUUUCCUAUCCCUGAUUCUGCAAGUGCACAGGUCGGCGCCGGCUUGGGCUUGAAUUGUGCGGAUUGGGACGGUCGGCGUCGGACGGACGUCGGGUCGGGUCUUGGCCGAGUCGGAACGGUCGGGGCCGGAUGUUUCAUGGUCGGCCGGUGUGGUCGGCGGAUAGAUUUGGCCGAUGGAAAUUUCUCGGCCGGACGCGGGCGUUUCCCGGCUCGGACGGAUGCAUCGGCCGGUACGUGA